AUGAACUACGCACCGCAGGAAGAUUUGGUGGCACGCUUCCAGAUUCGCCAGAUCCACCGGACAGCGUUGCACACCCCACCUCUUUCAGAUCGCGUCUCAAACCACAAAAGAUCAUCGGUCAGCUCGAGCCCGCGGCCAACACAGGACGUCAACACAGGCGGUGGUUUCGACCAAACUGAUUCCAGAAACCAAUCAAAGUUGACUUCACUACGAUAUUUUACCUCGGUGAACGCCACCAGCAGCUCAUGGAUUGAGCAGGUAGAAACUGCAUCUUGGGCAAUCUACACCAGUCUCGCCACACCAAUCUCGCCAUAUUCGGCGUUCUCUCAGGUGCGCUACUUGGUGACUUUAUUAGUCGCAGCUACCUACGUGUUGUUCUUCCCACUUGAAUUCGCAUUCCCGAGCCAGCAUUUCGACUACGUGAAUGGCAUCGUCGGGUUUCUGCUGGGUCUAGACGCACUGGCUUCGCUCCACAUCAGCUACGUGAGGAAAGACGGCUCCAUUGCAAAGUCACAUCAAGAUAUCGCCCUCCACUACCUGAAAACUCGCUUCGUCCCCGACGCUUUACUUGUGAUCCCGCUUCUUGUGCAUGUGCACCUCGGCGAAAUUAUUGAAGACUGGAUGCAUUUCUUACUCGAUCUCCUGAGUGCAGAACGCCUCGUAUACAUCAUCCGGUUUGUGCAGAAGACUUCGUCCGAGCAUCUUCACCAACCUGGGGGUGGCUACGAUCUGUGGGCCUGGCUGUUCUACUCGAGGUACUCGCAUCUUCUCCGCAUUGCUGCAACGGUGACUAUGGUUGUCUGCAUCGCUCACUACACGGCGUGUAUGUGGACGGCCCCGUUAGAGGAGGCUGACGAGUACGACGAAGCUACCGGUUCGUGGCGGAAACAGUGUUCUGCAAGUUUUUACACUGCCUUACUGUUGCUCCAAGGUGAUGCAAUCGGUACGAACACUGCAGCUCAAAACCUCUUUGCGUCCUUGUUAGUGUUCAUCGGCUCGCUCGUGUUCGCCAUCAUGUUCGGCCACGUCGCGAUCCUGUUUUCCAAGAAGCUCUCGCACACCCUUGGUCUUGAAGUCGUGCUACUGAAGUAUAUGGAAGUCGUGAUGCAUAUUCCUUUCUGGAGGGACUGCACCCCAAGCUUCCAGAAGCAGCUGAUGCAGUGCCUCGACGUACGCGUUUACCUGCCCAAUGAUAUUAUUAUGCGCCAAGGGGACGUGGAUGUUGAGUUCUACAUGAUAAAUCGUGGCUACUGUGAACUUACAUCGGGUAGCGAUCAAUUCGAAAGGGUUACAACCUCGAUAAUACCGCCGAUGGCUACUAGUAAAGCUAGCACUACUAGCAUUCGGAGUCGGCGGAGAUCCUCAGUGUUACCGUUAUUACCCAUAGCGGUUGUUAAUGACGGACACCUCCAGUCCGCGUAUGAGCUUGAUCCUGUUCAACGGCAGUACUAUAGCACCACCGAACGCCCAACUGCAGAAGGAGGAUACGAGGUUUUGAUAUCAAGAGGCCAAGCCUUCGGGGAUCUGGCUCUGCUAACAAAUUAUCAGCGCGAGGCCACUGUACGAGCGUGA